AUGCCCAUGACAGUCCCCACUUUAGAUACCUGGUUAACGUGGAGCCUUACAGAGCUGCAGCUUGGACACUUCCUUGACACUGACCCAUGGGGGAGGCCCCUGGAAAGGUACUCCAAAGGACGAAAAGGUCAAAUAUGUGGUGACUACAAAGGAAUUUUGGUGGUGCAUAAAGGUGAUGAGAAAUAUAUGCAAAAAGUGUACAGGUUGUCACAUGGGGCGGUCAGCAAGCAUGUAUGCAUGUUGUGCGAAGCAAGCAGUGAAGUUGAUUCGCCUUAUCUUUAUACCUUUCAUGGUAUGUCAGCCUGUCACCGGUCUACACGCCUGUCAACCUCCGAGUUCAUUGAGAAGGUGGUUGGAUUGCAGACCUUUGUUCGACUGCCGGGCUUUCAUGUGGACUUUAUCCAGCAUGAUUGGCUGCACGUUGUUGACUUGAGCUUGAUUCCAGAAUGUUCAGCUAGUGCGUUGGUUGAACUCGUUCGCGAAUCUGUUUGGGGUGGUGAAGGAACCCAUGUGGACCAAAGGCUACGUUUGGGUUACGUGGCUUUUAUCAAGGCUUGCAAGGCUGACAAGGUGAAAAGUCGAGGGGAAGCUGUUGUGCUGGCCAAGUGGUUGGCAAAGGUGUGCUUGGAUGUUGCGAUUCGCAACCCUGAUGAUGAGCAUGCACAGCUUCGGGCAUCGGUGUUUGUCAACUUGGUAGCAAUGAGGAGGGCCAUGUCAGCUCCCAACAAUGACCAUGUCAAGUUGCAUCCUGCGAAUCUGGUAGCCCUUCAAAAGGCAAAUUACCUGUUCCAUUGCGCUCACAAUUGGCUGGCAACCGAAGCGAUCAAGGAUGACAAAUUGUUGUGGAAAACCAGACCCAAGUAUCACAAGCUUGACCAUAUCGCCUACGACCAUGCACCACAACACAAUCCUCUUCACCUUGCUUGCUAUGUGGAGGAGGAUGGGGUGGGGCAAGUCAAAAGACUUGCUGCUAAAUCCCAUCCCAAACGACUAGGAGAACAGGUCCUAGCGCGAUACGCAGCAUAUAUUUGCUGCCGUUGGCUGAGGCAGCUCACGGAGUGA